AUGGAGAGUGGAUCGAGCUCCUACGAAAAAAACGGAGAGCACGCUAUGGAUAUUGGGGGCGAGAAAGCGAUACGAUUAGAUGGAAACGAAGCGCAUGCCUCGAAAGAGGAGGAAAUCGAGCCAUCUGGCAGAAGCACCAGUGGGAACAGGUUAUCGCAAGAGCGUGGCAGUUUGAAGAGAGUACAAUCGCAUCAUUCAAGAGCUGGGGGAGACGGAUAUACCUGUUUUGACGCCGAAGCAAAUUCCGACCGACCGAAUCGACUGAAACCUGGAGUUGUAACCGAGCAACCCUUUCUGGUUACUUGGGACGGCGACGCCGACCCAGAGAACCCUCGAAGCAUGUCAAGCCUGAGGCGCUGGAUCAUCGUUUUGAUUUGUGCUGCCAGUAGUCUCUGCGUUCAGCUGGAGCCUGAUUUCGGGGUGUCACAGCUUAUAUGCACACUUGGGCUGUCCCUUUAUGUCGCGGGUCUGGGCACGGGUCCAAUGAUUCUCAGUCCUCUCUCUGAGUUCUAUGGGCGGCGACCUAUUUACAUCUGCUCGUUCACGUUCUUUCUAAUCUGGUUGAUUCCAUGCGCCGUCGCACGAAACAUCCAGACUAUGCUGGUGGCCAGGUUUCUCGAUGGGCUCGCAGGCUCUGCUUUCCUCAGUGUGGCUGGAGGCACAGUAGGCGACAUGUUUGGGAAGCAUGAACUCUCAGCCCCCAUGAUGAUCUACACUGCGGCUCCGUUCGUAGGACCCGAGGUUGGACCUCUCAUAGGUGGCUUCAUUAUCGAGAACACCUCUUGGAGAUGGUGUUUCUACGUCCUCAUCAUUUGGACUGGAGUUCAGCUCGCACUGAUCAUCUUUUUCGUGCCCGAGACGUAUCAUCCAGUGCUUCUGCGCAACAAGGCAAUUCGACUGCGAAAGGAGACUGGCAACCAGGAAUGGAUUGCGCCUAUCGAGAAGCUGGACAGGAGUAUUGCUAAGACGGUGAUGCUGUCCUGCAUUAGGCCAUUCGAGCUCCUUUGCCUCGAGCCUAUGUGCCUCAACCUCUGCAUCUUAUCUGCAAUCCUACUGGGUAUCUUGUAUCUCUUCUUUGGUGCAUUUCCCCUGGUCUUCCAGAACAACCAUGGGUUCAGCAUAGCCCAAACGGGUCUUGCGUUCCUGGGACUAUUGAUUGGCAUGCUCAUGGGUAUAUCGACCGACCCAAUCUGGAGAAAGAUCUACGGCAGGCUCGUACGCCAACGUGAAGCAGCAGGUGGCGAAGCUGGUGGCUCAGAACCAGAGUACCGCCUCCCGUCAACGAUACUUGGCGCUUGGGUUGUCCCCAUUGCACUUUUCGGUAUGUUGUGGACCCGGUUCCUGAACACGAUCGCUGAUCCUGCCGAUCAGUACCCUCUGUAUGCUGCAUCAGCACUUGCAGCCAACAGCUUCGCACGGUCGUACUUUGCAGCGGCGUUCCCGCUAUUCGGGGUUCAGAUGUACGAAAAUCUCGGCUACCAAUGGGCAACGACACUGCUCGCGUUCCUUGCCCUGGCGAUGGCCCCGUACGUGUAUUCCCAGAGGAGUGGUAGCGGUACUCGCUAA